CACGAAAUAGCGCCAAACAAUCAUAACAUGAAAGUGACAGUUGCUUUUGAUGCACCUUAGCAAGCAUUGACUUGAUUAUAAAUUUUAGAAACAAUAACAGCUUGUGUGUUUUUUCUAAUCUGUUACAAAUAUUACGAUGGAUGACUUCGACAUAUACGGCGAUCUCGAGUAUAUUGAAUCAGAAGCCAAAACCGAAAGCCAAGAACAUCUUGCAUUGCAACGCAGAAUAACAGAAUUGCAGGAUAAGUUAUUCGCAGUUGAACAAGAGAAAAAUGAUAUCAUAAAAAAGAAUGAUAUUCUACUUGAAAACGUAUCUUCUCUUCUUUUGACCGCCAAAGCCGAACUAAAGAGAAAGGAUGCAGUAAUAGGUGACUUACGAAAGCAAUGUGAUAAUGUGGUUUUCAGGCGUGGAAAUCAUGUUGGAAAAGGUAAAAAAUGCGUUUCCAAGUUCACUCAAACAUCUGUAACGCUCUUAGUGCAUUCUGGAAUACAAACAGUCUCAACAGAGGAAACCGCCGAUCCAAUUUGGAGCAAGAGUUGUCCUGAUAACGACGCGAAAUCAGAACAAUACCACAAGUAUGAUCGUGAAAUGGAACGCGAAUCUAAAAAAAUCGUAGCACACAGACAAAUUCGUGAUCAUGAUAAAGUAGAUACUAGAGGUGUUCGGCAACGUGAUAAGGAGGGGAAAGGUUAUCGCGAUCGAUGUAAAAGUGAUAGAGAACUAACUCGAUAUAGAUGUCGUUCAAAACAUCGAACGAAAUCUCGUGAACCGAAUCGUUUGUGCGAAUAUUCCAGUUACGAACUAAGUCGCGAUAGAGGUGUGCACGAUCGCAAGAAAAAUAUGAACGCAAAGAAAGAUUAUCCGUCAUCUUAUUCAACGAGUUGUGUCGGACGCGAUAUAAAGACAUGCAUCAGUGAAGAUAACAAAAAAAGAGAUUUGUGCGGUAUAAUUGCACCAGAAUCAUUUGUCAAUAAAACUAAUAAUGGCAAGAAAGUUUCUAAGGAUGCUGAGUGCGGACGAGUGAAAACUAGUGACGUAAUAAAAAACAAGAGUGAAUUAAGAGCAGAUGGCACACAUACAUCAACUGAAAAACGGAAAAACUGUGAAAAAAGUUUAAACAUAAAACCUAUUGUAUUUCGUGAUGUUACAGCAAAAGUAAAUACUUCCAAUUUUGACUUAGGCUCCUGCAAUGCGAACAGUUUACUGGGUGAUGAUGUUGUUAGAAGAGAGGAUUGUGAUGAAUAUUUGUGUACUGUUAUGUAUGAAACUAGAGGAAAUGCUACUAAUUUUACUUCCAAAAGUGAAGGUGCUCGGGACGUAUGCGAAUUAAAGAGAAACUUGCAUAUAGAUAAGCCUUACGGUGGUGCUUUGUUAAACCACGGAGCCUCGGAAAAGCGUUCUAAAUCGUUAGAGACUAAUAAAACUAGCGUAAUUUCAACUUCAAACAGCACAAUAGAAGAAGCUAACGUAUUUCACAUGAAUAAGACCAAAGCUCAUUUGUCAUCUGAAACAAACGAAAUGAUCCCGAAUAUAAUGGGUCACUCAGAAAAUACAGACGUCCUGGAUGUAACAAAGCCGUUUUGUACGUUCGGAACGUGUAAUGGUGAAAAUAUUUUAAAAAUUGGAACAUUGUUUAAUCCCUUAAAUAAUUCAGAAAAAGUACAGAAUAAAAACUACAUAAAUAAAAACUGUACAAAUAAUUGCAUAACCAGUGUAACCAGUGCAAUUGAAGGAAAUAGUUCACAUGAAAUUGUACACAUAACAUCGAGGGCGAAUGUAAUGAAUUCUAAUAUAAUAUGUGAUACAGAGAAAUCAGGCUGCCUGGAUGAAGUAGACUCCAAACCAAUUGAAAGAGGGAAUGACGAUAACCAUCAGAAAGUAGAUGACCAUAUAAAUGUUGUAAAUGAAUUAAAUAAGCAGAUAAGAACAUCUAAAGUAACUUCCAACGCCGAAAGUGCUAAUAACGAGCUUGAUACGGACCUGUGCUUUGGCACGUCAGAGAUGUCGAUGCAUUCAGUUUUAGAGAAUCGGAAAAUAGAAUCAAUAGAUACUCAUCAAAAUCAUUCAGUUCUUAUUAAACGCAGCGAAAACAAGGUAACCCAAAUAAAUACGACAGUCGCACAUGUAACAUCGAGGAUGAACGAAACUAAUUUUCAUGUAGCGUUUAAGUCGGAAGACAAGACUUUUAAAGAAACAGAAUCAAAUAUUGGCGAUAAAAUAGAAGAAAGUCGUGGCACAUGUAAAAAAUCAUCAAAAGAUUAUUCCAAAUCUAAACAUGCUGCUAACGUUCACACAUCAAUUAAAAAAAAAUUAAAGGAAACUCCUAAAAAUGUUGAAGCGAAAGUAAAGCAAUCAGUUACAGAAAAACAGGAAGAAUUGCCAGACAUAUGCAAAAAUAGUUAUGCUGUAACGAAAAAGACAUCAAAUGACUUAAAACUGUCAACACUCUCGUCAAUGGAUUGUAAUAAGUACGCAAUAUCGGUCGAUGUCAAAACCGCAAAGGAAACAAACCAGGAAAAUAUAAGUAAUAAUUUGGCUUGUAGGAGUGAAUUAGAGCUUCCCCACGUUGCUAAAAAGGUUGAAUAUGCUAUGGAAGCGAUGAAUUCCAGUAUAGAUACAAAAAGCCACAAACACAUAUAUUUAUCGAAUUCAGAUGUAUUUUCGGACGAAAACAAUGCACGCAUUCCGCAUUCCUUACGUGCACGACGUGCAAAUAGUUGUUAUGUUGGACAAGAGAAUAGUGAAAAUCGGCAGUCAGAAACAAUCCAAACUUGUUUUGAUACCUUCGAUAUGAAUGGCUCAGUGGUAGAACAAACACUGCCUGAUACUGUCUACCCCAACGCUAACAUAACCAAGAGUUUGGGGAUAGUCACCGAAAAUAGCAAUUUAGGGUUUAAUGUAGAAGCAGAAGUCAAUAACCAAAAAAUCAAUAAUGAAUCUCAAAAAAUUGUUAGGAAUAAGUCAAAAAUUUCCAUUGAACAUACGUGUGACAUGCGUGAAAGGCUACGGCAUCGGCUUAAUAUAAAUUUGCCAAACACAGUUGUUCGAAGCGAAUUGAUUACAAUGGCCCAAUGUCCUAAACGAAGACUAUCUAUGGAGAGUGCUACUUCAUCAAGGAAAAAGCACAAAUCCGAUAUCGAUAUACGUGCUAGUACAAAUAAGCUUCUAGCUUCACCAACCGGUGGCAAUCUUUCUUCGUCCUAUUUUUCCCAAAUCGCAUUACCGAUCACUUCUGCCUUAGACAGUAUUCCAAGCAAGUUACAAACACCGAUAUUAAAACGAACAGAAGAAACUGCCAUGACACCAAUGGUUGUAGUGCAUUCUCCGGCCAAACCUUCGAAUCAAUUGAUACUUAACAAUAAUUUGGAUGUUUGCUAUUAUCCUUUAGAUGACUUCUCAACGGUAGAGCAAAUAAUGGAUUCGCUGUUCCAAACACCCAUUAAGAAUGAGGACCAGAAUAAUGAUGUUGUGGCUCCGGGAUCAAAUAAUUUUAAUAUCAAUGAUAGCGCGCAAAACGUUGUACCUAAAGAAUGUGUUCAUUCUCAUAAUUUGAUGGCACAUUCGACGCCACUUAAUACUAAACCAUUGUCAAUAAUUGACAAGAAUGAUCGCACUGCCAGCAAACGUAAGUUAAUGGACGAAAGAGUGCAACAAAUUCCAAUACCUUUGGCGUCAGACACGAUGGAUUGUGCAAUGAAAGAAAGAAAUGUGCAUACGAAACGGGUAGCGAACACAACAAAAUCAAGUGAGAAGUUAGCUGAACCCGGUACUGAAGAACCAGUUGAAACGUGUACUGACUGCUCAAAAAAGUGCAUUGAUUUAAAAAACAAAACAGAACACUUUUCAACAAAUCUGGGAAGUACGCUUUUAAACCAUAACAAUACAUAUGAAACUCUGACUUCUGUUACCUCUUUCCAGCCAACGAUCAAUAGUUCAAAUUCGUCUAACAGGCCAUCUGAAGUGCAUAAUUUUUCCAUAGCUUCGUCGUCAAAAAAGGUUUAAAGCGCCGGAAACCAUUCGUAUAAAUAUGCUAUUAAAACAAACAAAUCUUAAGCUAAUGCAGGAAGAGGUUUCAAUGAAUAGCCAAACAAAAACGGAGUUACCGAAGAAGUCCCUAAACAUGUCAGAAUCAGAUGAAUCAGCAGAACUACAAUUCGCUCAAAGUUCUUGUAAGCAUUUUAACAAUGCAGUGCCAUGGCAGGUUCCAGAAUCGCUGGACGAAAUGGAUGUUUGCAGUACGUAUAGACCAUCGUCUAGUAAAUGCCCGGACGACAGAACAAAACUUGACACAAAUAGUUCAGAUGAGAAAACAAGUAAAAAUCCUCGCAAACCACCUAGGAAGCAGACAAACGUUGACGAGGAAAAAAAGACAGGCCACAAAUGCAAAAAAGAAUCAAAACACAAAAAAGAUAUAAUAGAAACAUCAGAUGAUAUAAAUAAUACGAACCAAAUAGAUGCUAACAAUAGGAAAGAACUUCAUAUUGCAAAGAGUAGCAAUGAAUCUGAAAUAGCUGUUAAUCGAGAUUGCAGAGUAAAAUGUGCAACGGCUAGCAAGCAAGAUAAAGAUGAUAAAGAGAAAGUAGCUGUAGUGAAUAUAUUUGAUUCAGCAGAGCCCAUCUUGAAUAGUUAUAGCCAAAAUCUUUCACUAGCCGAUAAUGCUUUAAAUAAUUCGCUACAAAGCACUCAGAAACGUGAAGCGGUUCCUGCGCUUGCUUCGGUGCGUUAUGUACGGGAAAUGCGCAUAGUAAAAGAAAGCCCUUCAUUGAUGCGAGUUUUUAUAAGAAGAAAAUAAUCUUAAUCCGUAUUACUGUAAUCGUAAUAAAGUUAAUGAUGUUCAUGUACAUUUCCAGA